UCUAAAGAUUAUUACUCCGUAUUAUUUCAAUAUCCAGAAAAAAAUGUUUUAUUGUGUCAAAAAGUAACCAUUGGCAAUACUGCAUUUAAAUUUCUACAGUGAACUAUUUGUAAACAAGAAUUUGAUUUAAUUAUAAGAUAUCCCUUAUGCUAUUACCUUAAUUAUAUAUGUUUUCUAGAUUAUCAUUUCUGAACAUAUUUUUAAAUAUUUCUCCUUUAUACUUUCAGGCCAGUUCAAGAUGGACAGCAGUGAUUCUCUUGGUUCUAACAGUCCCAGUGACAGCCACAAUGACAGCGCGUAUCUCUCUGCCAGUGACUCCCCUCAGGGUACACAGCAACAGAUGCUAUCUGGGGGUGCUACCCCAAUGACACAUCAUCAGAGCCGUCACCAGAGCAUAUCGCCCAUUGCUGUUCAAGGAUCGUAUAGUUCUGCAAGCAGUCCGGGUGUCAAUCAUGCAUCGUCCGAAGGUGCCUACCUCGGUCCUCAGAAUUUAUCCGUGCAGGACAACAAGGAGAACAUAUCACCCGAUCGAUCACAUGAAAGUUCCUACUCACAUCCUUAUGAUCUGACUAUUCAGCGGGGCCAGGAAAACCUACCACCCAGCUCGAUUUGGGACAAUACGUAUCUCUCCGUAAGAACGCCAUAUGUACCCCAGUCGUCUGCAAGAACGCCAUAUGUACCCCAGUCGUCUGCAAGAAUGCCAUAUGUACCUCAGUCGCCACCUGAUGGUAUCAACUUGGUUCGUCUACCUGUUCAGAAGAGCAAGCAACGUGCAACUUCACCAUCAACUUCAGCCGAGGCUCGGGUAUCUCACAUUGAAGCAAUGGUGAAAGCCGAGGUCGAUCUCGAUCCUACUACCUUCUCUGGGACUUCCACACUCUCGCAGCAGAAGCGUCGAUUUGCCGAAGACAAGCCACCAUAUUCGUAUAUCGCACUAAUCACAAUGGCAUUGGAGAGCUCAACUAACGGCAUGAUGACACUCAAUGAGAUCUAUGCAUGGAUCAUGGGCCGAUUCCCAUACUUCAAGAACGACCAGAAAAGAUGGCAGAACUCGAUCCGUCAUAACCUUAGCCUCAACGACUGCUUCACAAGGAUCCCUCGCCCCCCAGGCACCCCCGGGAAAGGCAACUACUGGGCACUACACCCAGAAUGCAAGGACAUGUUUGGUAAUGGGAGCUUCCUGCGUCGCAACAAGCGUUUCAAGGUACAGAAGAGCAGCGCACGAGCUGCAGACCCUGCCCAGCACGUGCAACAGCUUGGCUCCCUUGGACAGUACAGCAUGUAUGGUGCCGCAUACAAUCCAUUCGCUGCAAUCAACCCCCUAGCGCUUCAAGGACUCUCACAGCAAAUGCAACAAGGCAGCCAUGGAUACCCCCUCAGGUCUGACCAAUGGACCCCAGCUACAACCAGCGCAGGGUACACGUCACCCUACUACCCCACUACUGCAGUCUCGAUGGGAUCAUCUCUAGGAGGAGGAUACCUUAGCCAGACCAGUGCCCCAUCGUCAUCAUACCCUUCUCUAUCCCAGGCAUCGGUAUACUCAACAGCACAGUACGACAUGAACCAACCCAGACCAGCACAUAGACAAUAGACUCUAAUGAACACUGAUACAAUAGGCCGUAUAUUGCCAAAUAGCAAUCAUGAACUUUGUGAAAGUGAUAAUCGUGAUGCUGAUAUUCCUUCAGGAGGACAUUUGAACUGUUUCAAUUUCUUCUACUUUCUAUUAAUUGAGUUGAUGCUGGAUUAAGAAUUUGUAUGUGUCAUGAUGUUUAACUUAAUUUCUUGUUGGGUUUCAACCUUAUGAUGAUAUUUGUAAAUAUGAUGUUAAUAUAAUUCAAUAAAACAUGUAAAAUCAUCUUGGUGAUAUGAUGUACAUUUAGCAUUUAUUUUGCAUUAAAAUAAAAUUUGUAUAUAUUGUGUAAACAAUUAUUAUGUUGUUAAAACACCUGGUAAUAAUCCAUGUUAAUCUGUU